AUGUCUUUGUCGAAGAUCCGGCCAUUUUACGACCCGCGGGUGCAAUUGCGCUCAGCACACCUGAACGGCCGCACCUACGGGUAUAUUUUCUGCCCGGCCUCGGUCCAGCCGGCCAAGUGGGGUACCAUCGUACUGGUCCACGGCUUUCCAGACUUAGCGUUUGGCUGGCGGUAUCAGAUACCCUUCUUGACCAAUCUUGGACUGGAUGUCAUCGCCAUCGACUGCAUGGGCUAUGGUCGGACCGACGCUCCAGAGAGCCUGUUGGCCGAUUACAGCUUUCGCCGCGUCGCCAAUGACAUUGAGCUGCUUUGUCAACAGCAUAUGAUCUCGCGCAUAAUACUGGGUGGUCAUGACUGGGGCGGCGGUGUCGUCUAUCGUGUUGCUCUCUACAAACCGCACCUCGUGAGCCACAUAUUCAGCAUCUGUACCCCCUUCUUCCCACCGAGCCCAGUGUACGAGCCCCUACCCGUCACCGUCGCUGAACGCUUGCACAACUUUGGCUACCAGGUCCACUUUGCAACAGGCGAGGUCGAGGAGGCCGUGCAAUCUCGAACAGAAAUCCGUCAGUUCCUUGCCAACAUGUUCGGUGCGCGGACGGCUGAGAGAGUCAAAGCAUUCUCCGCCGAGAGAGGGUUGUUGCUCGAUCUGCAACGGCGGGUAACCAAGUCCAUCCUGUUGUCGGAGGAGGAGAUGGACUUCUACGUGCAGGAAUACUCGCGACACGGGGUGCGAGGCCCUCUGAACUGGUACCGCACCCGCGAGAUCAACUUCAUGGACGAAUAUGCUUAUUUCUACGAUAACGGGCGUAACAAAGACGCGCAGGUCAUCGUCCAACAGGAGUGCUUGUUCGUGAUGGCGACCAGAGACACGGCAUUGCGCCCUUACAUGUCCGAGGGUAUGGAGAAGCACAUGAAACGCCUGACAAAGAAGAAGAUUGUUGCGAAUCACUGGACCCUCUGGGAACAGCCUGAACAGUGCAAUGCGAUCAUUGGGGAGUGGUUACAGGAGAAGGUGUUCCCCGCCAUCGUGGCGGGAGAAAAAAGCAAGCUUUGA